AUGCGCCCCCGCCCCGGAGCGAGCCCUUCGGCCGAGCAGCGCCUCCCCGUUCGAGCGAGCUGGAACGCAAGGGUCGAGCAAGCUCCCUUCGACUUUGACCUCGACGCGCUCCCUCCACUGCCCGCCAUCGGCUCGACCGCCAUUGCCGACCGCGCCCGCACGACCAAGGCGCACCUCGCCGCGGUCCAGCCCUUGGCCGGCAAGCACCGCAACGAGGUCCUGUCGAAUCGCCCGCUCGAGUGGCUCGGCGAUGCCGUUCUCAACACGGCCAUCAGCGAGGAACUUUACGCGCGUAACUUUGUCGCCAACCGCUCCCUGUCGCACCUGUCGCGCGCCUACGGUCUCGACGAGCGCGCCCUCCACGCCUCGCCGCACCUCGUGGCCGUCGAGGGCAUCUCGCACCUGCGCUCGCAAAAGCUCGUCGCCGACCUGUUCGAGGCGCACAUCGGUGGCCUGUCGAGCGAGGGUCGCAAGCGCGACGUCGAGCGGUGGGUGUACCAGAUGAUCACGUCGCAGAGCCGUCCUGUCGAGGCUCACGUCGCCGAGCUGCGCAUGAACGAGGUCGCCGCGCGCGACAGUCAGCCGAACCGCAAGCGGCAGUUGGCGGAAAGCGCCGACGAGCGCCGUGUCAAGCGCCAGACCUGCGUCCGCCCUCCUCUUCUUCCGGUCUGCCCCGUACUUGUGCUCUCCGACGACGACGACGACGACGACGACGACGACGACGACGCGCCGCUCGGCCGCUUCGACCCGCCGAGCGAGACGGUCGGCUGCGAGCGCCAUGCCGAGAAGCACAAGCUUAAGGCGUGCGUCGCGGCGCUCAACGACUGCCUCGAGCUGGACGGGACGUCGGCGGGCGUCAGGGCGGCCCUCGCGACGCUUGGCGGGACGGUACGGUAAGCGGGCAGGAGAGGACGACGGGACCGAGCGUCGGGCCCUGUCGGUGCGGACGACGAGGGCUGAGUCGGGCUCGGUGGGCCGUGUUUCCACCCUCUCUGUAGCAGCUUGGCGAGGCUGCAACGACGCUUGCUUCUCACCGUC